AUGGCACACGCCAUUGGCCGAAGAAUGGGCUCGGAUCAGUACAAUCGAUGGAACCGUGGCACAGCGCCAGCUUUGCCAUCAAGCAGUCGGAUGCUGAACCCUGACCUUAAGAAGACUGCCAGAAGAGGUCAUCAACGUCGUGCACACCUUCGUUCCGCGGCUGCUGCGCAUAUGCUGACAGCAGUUCCGAGUGAGAAAGGUGUCGGCGUCGCUUUGUCCGAGCUGUGCAGUGACAACCACACGCAGUGUCAGUUGGAACAGUGUCGCCUUGACCUUGACUGCGUCGUUCUAGCCGAUGGCAUGGAUGAAAUUCAGUGGAAUCCGCCCUGCAAUGUUUGGCAGAAAUAUUCUUUUGGCAUCUUUUGGCAUGCCAUCAUUGAAAGUGCAGGGCUAAGUUUGAACUACAUCCUCACAAGUACCAGGAGAGUGGACGCAGCAUGGCUGAAUGACGUUAGGACCUUGCGGAUGAAAAUGACAGCUUUCAAUGCCAAUGGAUGGAAUGGUGCCACCUAUCAGAUUUGGAACGCGAGCAACGUAGGUCAGACAAUCGACUGGCAACUCACCAUGCGGGACAGCAUGUACGCAGGAUGGAAUGGCAACGAGUGGUAUUUGAAGGAUGAGAGUGACGUGAUACUAGCGAACGGAACGAUGAACAGCGGACUGUUCGAGGAGUUCGUGACGUUCUCGACCACCGUGGGCACGGUGUUGAAAUUUACCAUCGAUCCGACCAACGGAGGCACUUUGAAACGGCAGCAUCAACAGAGGGGGUUUCAAGCAAUACAUGGGACUUUGACAUAUUUUAACAACAAGAAUCAAAUGAAUAUAACUAGACUAUGA